AUGCGCGGAGACGAGAAGCGCGUCUCGAUAUUCUCUUGCCAUGUCCACCCCGAUGGCUCGCGAAUCGCGACCGGCGGUCUCGACGCCAAAGUGCGCAUCUGGAGCACAAAGCCCAUCUUGAAUCAUGCGUCCGAGCUGUCUGGGAGGCCGCCGAAGUCACUCAGUACUCUCACUAUGCAUACCGGACCGGUGCUUGUGGUACGGUGGGCCCACUCCGGGAGGUGGUUGGCUAGCGGCAGCGACGACGAGAUUGUGAUGAUAUGGGACUUGGACCCAUCGGCCAAAGGGAAGGUUUGGGGUUCGGACGAGGUCAACGUAGAGGGUUGGAAGCCUCUGAAACGUCUGGUUGGCCAUGAAAGCGACGUUACGGACGUGGCGUGGUCUCCAGGAGACCGAUACCUAGCGUCGGUUGGGUUAGACUCCGCAGUGUUGGUCUGGUGCGGGUACACCUUGGAGCGGCUACGAAAAAUCGACCAGCACCAAGGUUUCGUCAAGGGUGUAUGCUGGGAUCCAGUAGGGGAGUUCCUGGCCACGGGUUCCGACGAUAGAUCUGUUCGAAUAUGGCGAACGACCGACUGGGAGCUAGAAGCGGAGGUGAAGAAGCCCUUUGACCACUCUCCAGGAACCUUCUUUCGACGGCUGAGUUGGUCUCCAGACGGCGCACAUAUCACCGCAUCAAAUGCAACCAACAACGAAGGCUAUGUCUUCAUCGCGGCGGUCAUUGCACGAAACUCCUGGACGUCUGAAAUUAGCUUGGUGGGCCAUGAGAACACUGUAGAAGUUGCCGCAUACAACCCUCAUAUAUUCUUGCGCGAUCCAUCCCAACCUGUGACUGCACAUAAUAUCUGUUCAGUGGUCGCUCUCGGUGCCGACGAUAGGGCUGUCUCUGUUUGGCAAACCAAAGCACCUAGACCCAUGGUUGUCGCCAAAGAUGUCUUUGAGCGGCAGAUCAUGGAUCUCAGCUGGUCGCAAGACGGGCUCACACUAUACGCUGUCUCCUCAGAUGGGACAAUGGCAGUCUUCAGCUUUGACUCCUCCGAGAUGGAAGGCAUCGCACCUUCGUCUGCUCAAGAACAAUACCUCAAACGCUUUGGAUUUGUCUCGCCACCCGUUCCCGAGGGCUACUCACAUCUGGCUUCCCUCCAGGAGCAGAAAGCACAACAGAACAACCGCAUCACCCCGCCUCCCUCCCCUCGCGCCCAGUCACAGGACUUCGGCAGUGCCGCGAAUGCCGCGCCCGGUGGGGAGCAGGUCCACACGCUCGUCGCGAAGCGCAAGCCAAAGAAACGCAUACAGCCUACUUUCGCUGGUUCGCUGUCUGGGCAAAUACCGUCUUCAUCUGUCAACGGGAUUAAGCCGCCGCCGUCGAGCUCAUCGGGCGCGCGUGCGUUUCAAGAGUCGUCGACGGUCCCAAUAUCUGUACCUUCGACAUCGGCCUUGCCGUUAUCUAUCUCACAGCCGUUCGGCACCUCGAGCUCGUUCGGGCUCGGGCUGAAUACUGGAGAGAGCGACUUCGCGAUGGACGUCGACGACGAGGUGCGAAUCAGUUCGCUCGACGGCGGCAUGCAGAACCCGAAGGGCAAGAGGAAGACGGGAGAGGACUUCGAUGACCGGACCGCGAGUAGGGCGCGCACUCUAGGUGGGGAUCGCGUACGGGAGCCGGCGGUCGCUAGGCCACUUACGAACCGCGUGCCGCCACCGGGACCUCCGGGUGGAGGCGUUUGGGCUGAGGGCUCGAGCCUUGUUGGAAGACUGGAACCGCCGCAGUUGGUGACAUAUCUGAAAGCCACCGUUGAGGGUAGUGAGGAUGUGUUCGAGGGCAGGAAUGCUGAGGGCGAUGAGCCAAACGAGGUCCUGUACGUCAGCGGGAAGCAGACACAAUGGCUCGACUACCUGCCGUCGCCAAUCCUUGCACUCACUGCGACAGCAACAUUCUGUGCUGUCGCUAUGCAAGAUGGCACUCUCACCGUGUACUCGCAUACAGGCAGAAGGUUGAUGCCGCCGUUGGCGAUCGGAUCGCAGUGUUGCGCUCUUACCAGUGCCAAGAGCAUGCUCAUGCUGCUCACGGUCUCCGGACAGCUAUACGUCUGGGACGUGAAGAAGCAAGCAGCCAAGUUCCCUCCGACCUCUAUCUCCGCAAUCCUCGGAUCAUCGCCCAACCUCACCGUCGCCACCGCAACGGUCCGCCCGAACGGGGCCCCCGUCAUUCAGCUAUCGGACGGGGUCGCACACUCCUACGAUGCCUCGCUCUGCGUGUGGACGAAGCUCAGCGAGCCCUGGUGGUCUGAGGGCUCGGACGCGUGGCAAGGCCGCCAGCGGUCGAACAACCUGGCCAUGCGCGGGCCGCUGACCGUGCUUGAGAGUGCGAUCAGCGAGCGAAUGUCCGUCGAUGACGGCCGCGCGGAAAAGGUACGGCCGGCGUGGUGGAACGCGGCGCUCACGCUGGGUCAUCUGGAGAGCAAGCUGCAUGCCGCGAAGGCAUUGGAUAGUCCGGCCGAGUACAAGCAGGCGCUGCUAUUGUAUGCGAAGAGGAUCGCGGACGAGGGCUUCAGGGGCAAGGCGGAGGAGCUGGUGAAGGAGCUCUUCGGGCCUGUGUACUGGCGGCCUGGCCGUGACGAGUCUUGGUCUCCGACAAUGCUCAAUAUGCCCAAGAGAGACCUAUUGAAGGAGGUGCUCAAUAUUUUCGUCCGCAGCAAGACAUUGACAAAACUUGGCCAAGACUGGCAGGAGACACUAAAGAAAUCCCAGCUCGACGAAUAA